AUGGGUGCGACGAAUGCGGUCAGUGCCGCCAAUCCCUGCCCAAUGGCGUUGCAGUCUCGCAACACACCACUGGAGGAGACAAAUCUGCAGCAGAAAAUUGGUCUUUCCAUGCCCUCUUCCUUUCCUUCCUCGGCACCCUUCCUCUAUUCACAGCCCUCUAGCGUCUCUGCUCUAUCUUCCUACACUCCCUACACUCCAGCUUACACCUCACCUUCGAUACAACAACCGCCAUCGCAGACAUCGCCGAUGAUACCACCACCGGGCCUCACGCCAGGUGCCUGUCAGUCGGCCAACAGGGACUACGAAACGCAGCGAACGGCUGCUGCGAUGGCUGUGGCCUUGGCAGCACAUCGACAAACACCGCAGUCGCAGCAAAAGACACAAGUUGGCACUGGACACCAUCCGCAACAAUUCAGCCAACGAAGGAAGAGGAGAGUACUCUUCAGUCAGGUGCAGGUGCUGGAACUGGAAAAGCGGUUCAAACAGCAGAAGUACCUCAACGCACCCGAGAGAGAACACCUGGCCCAGCUGAUCAAUCUAACGCCGACGCAAGUGAAAAUAUGGUUCCAAAACCAUCGCUACAAAUGCAAAAGAGCAUUCAAAGAAAAAGAGGAUCAAUUGGUGACCAUGUCACAGUCAUCUAACAAUGGCAUCUUACACGAGAACAAAGAUGAUGACGUUCCGAGCGGUCGAAGUUCACCAAACGAUAUGAACAGCACAAAAAGCGAUAUGCAGACGACGUCUGAGAUGCUGCAACCGCUCUCUAACGAGGGUCGUUUCUCGCUGACGUCAGAACCAAAGGAGCUCUUCAGCGCCUUCGAGUCCACAAUCCCACCACCCGACACCAAGUUUUUUCCGGGUUCUGCUCCGCCUUAUUCGGGUUACAGUGGGCAGACGAUGUUCCUCUUUGGUCCAAGAGAGCCUCGGCGGGAGUGUGAGAAUGGAUGCUCAGAUAUCUGUCGAUCCUAUUUUAAUCACUGCAUCUCGGACUGCGAUUCUUCAAAGCGGCUCACAGCGAGCAUUUUCAGUAGCAAUAUGAACCCUGAGGCCCUCUCCUCCACCACCGACUAUCCUCCGAACUCUACUAAUUCGAAACCCACCUUCGAGGGGUACCAGCGUACAUCUGCUGAGGAGACCGCAGUCCCAUCAAAGCACGCCUUUGGGGUGGAGAUGAGAGACAACGAGUAUGCAAUGCGAAACAUGGAUUUCUACUAA